AUGUCAUCCAAAACACCCCCGCAACCUCCCCCCUCAUUCACAACCACCCCCUCCGAAAUCCUCAGCCAAACAACAAAUCUCAUAUCCUCCACAACAGCCCUCGAAGACUCCCUCGUCUCUUCCCUCACGCCUUCAACAGCUACUUUCUCAAGCCUUCUCACACCAAUCCUAAAAGACGACCACUCAGUCUCCAAGAAGACCCUCCUCAUUCGCCUCUUGAGCUCCGUUUCUGAAGACAAAGACCUUCGCGAUGCAUCCCGCACAGCAGAAGAGAUGCUUCUCAAAGCUAAUUCAGCAGCUCUUAUGCGCAAAGACGUCGCAGCUCUCGUAAAAGCCGUGUACGAAAAGAAUCAGCGCGGUGAAGAGAAGCUUGGUGAAGAAGAUGCAUAUAUGCUCUUCAAGACGCACAGAGCGUAUCAGAAUACAGGCGCUGGUAUCGAAGACGAGGACUUGAGAGAGAAAUACAAAGCUGCUGUACAGGAGCGAAAUGAAGUUCUCAUCGCAGCAAAAAAGACAAUCAGCGAAUCCGACGAUGGCAUUUAUUUCACCCGGUCUCAACUCAACGGCGUGCCCUCUUCAGUCCUCGACGCAAUGAAAGUCAACGACAAAGGCGAGCUCAAGGCAACCUUCAAAAAAGGCCAUCUCAUCUCCAUCAUGAAACACACCACCAGCGCCAGCACGCGAAAAGCAUAUCACAUCGCCAAAGAAAGCCGCUUCCCCGAGAACGUCGCUCGUCUGGAACGAGCAGUCGAGCUACGAAACAGCACGGCGCGAAUGCUCGGCUUCAAAACUCACGCGGAGCUUAAAAUGGAGGAUAAAAUGGCAAAGAAUGUCGAGAGCGUUGUGACAAUGCUUAAUAAGUUGCGAGUACAAUUGAAGCCUCUUGCUGAUGAAGAGAUGAAGACGCUGUUUAAGAUUAAGAAGGCGUAUGUGCAGGAACACGGUACUAAUGAGACCGACGACGAUUUGGAUAGGAUGAAUGCUUGGGAUUGGGCGUUUUAUGCGCGGAUUCUCGAGAAGGAGAGAUAUUCUGUUGAUUCACUUCUUAUAUCGGAGUACUUUGAGGUCAACCAUAGUCUUGAAGGCAUGCUUCGCAUCUUUGAGGAGAUUUUUGGUAUUGUAUUUAUCCCGACUGAUGCACCGGUUUGGCAGAAGGAUGUCACCGUUUACGAAGCCUGGAACUCGGAGGAUCAAGGUGGUGAGUUUCUUGGAUAUCUCUACCUUGACCUCUAUGCGCGAGAGGGCAAAUAUGCUGGCGCCCACAGCUCUCUCAUCCAACCUGGCUUCAUAACUCCAGACAACAAACGCCACUACCCUUCUUCAUCUCUAGUAACAUCCCUCCUCCACACCCCCAGCCAUCCAACUCUCCUUCUACACUCCGAGCUCAAAACAAUGUUCCACGAACUCGGUCACGCAAUCCACAAGCUCGUAACCCACACGAAACAUCAACACGGCUGUUCUCGCGACUUUGUCGAAAUCCCCAGCAUUCUCCUCGAGAACUGGAUAUGGGUACCUUCCGUAUUGCGCCGUCUCGGAAAGCACUACAGUUAUUUGAACGAGGAGUAUCUCAGCUUCUGGAAGACUCAGAAAGGUGAUGCGAAUACAAGACCGGAGGAGGAGUUGCCGGAGAAGUUGACGCUUGAUCUUGCAAAGACAAAGCAUGUUAACGGUGCGCAUGCGAUGCUGCAUCAGGUUUUCCUCGCUUUGUUUGAUUUGACGAUUCAUAACGCUGAUGAGGCUCACCCCGUGGAUACUACCAAACUUUGGAACGAGAGUAAGACAGAGAUCAUGGGUCUUGGACGGGCGGAUAGUAUUGGACAGGCAUCAUUCGCCCAUCCUUUCCGCGGAUAUGACGCUGCGUACUUCACCUAUGCAUUAUCGAAAGUGUACGCGACCGACCUGUGGGUAAGCCACUUCAAAGAUGAUCCAAUGGACAACAAGACCGGUUUGCGGUAUCGACAGCAUGUGUUGCAGCCAGGAGGUAGCCAGCCUGAACUCAAGAGCCUUAGUAACUUCCUUGGCCGCGAACCAAACGAUGAGGCGUACUAUUCGGAAGUUACCAGCACGUCGGGGUCUGAAACGCAAACGUCUGCCGCUUUGUAA